AUGGAGAUCAAAGUCGUUGAAGAUCAUCAAGAAAACGCUGAAGAAGAAAUCAAAAAGCCACUCCUAGAAGAAAACAGAGACUUUCCGGAUAUAGAAAGAACAACAUGGAUACAAAAGGCAAUAGGUCAAACGUUUCAAACCACGGCUCAUUUAGCUAAUCUCUUACCAACAGGAACGGUUCUCGCGUUUCAACUCUUAUCGCCGAUAUUCUCAAACGGCGGUCAAUGCGAUUUAGCUAGCAAGAUCAUGACAUCAAUGCUAGUGGCGAUAUGUGGAUUAUCUUGUUUCAUACUCAGCUUCACGGAUUCUUACAAAGACAAAAACGGUACUAUUUGCUACGGGUUUGCAACAAUCCAUGGGUUUUGGAUCAUUGAUGGAUCCACAACGCUUCCUCAAGAACUAUCUAAAAAAUAUAAGCUGAGGUUUAUAGAUUUUGCUCAUGCUGUCAUGUCGUUGUUGGUGUUUGGUGCGGUGGUUCUGUUUGAUCGGAAUGCGGUAAAUUGUUUUUUUCCGGCACCAUCAGCGGAAGCGUUGGAGGUUCUAACGGCGUUGCCGGUAGGCGUAGGAGUGUUUUGUAGUAUGUUGUUUGCAACGUUUCCUACAACACGCAAUGGUAUUGGCUUUCCAGGCUCUGGUAAAUGA